GGUUAUGUCAAAUCGUCUACGUGCCCUCGCGCUGUACAAGGAACUGCAGAGGCUAGGAAAAGAUUAUCCAGAUCCCUCAUACGAUUUCAAAGGCAGAGUUCGGAAGAUGUUCGAGAAAAACCGAAACCUGACUGACGAUGCAGAGAUCGAGAAGGCCAUUAAAUUUGGUGAAUACAUUAAGGAAGAAACCCUCGCUUUAUACUCCCUCAGAAAGUAUAGGCAUCUCAAGCGAAUGUAUCCAGACCCGAUACCCGGUCCUAGCAAUGAAUGAGCCCCCCCCCACCCCUAUGGCCUGAUACUAUUUGCUGCAAAAGAUGUGGACUUGGAUAUUAUAUCCUAUUAUUGUGUCUCGGUACUUUAGAAGACAGGUCAAGUUUAUAAUAGGUACUUGCUGCUUCCAAUGCACAACUCAGCCGCGUUACCGAACACUUCAAUUCCCUGGCUAUACGGGGUCUCGAUUCAAACAACCUUUCUUCGAAGGCUGCUAUGCCGCAGUUCUACACAUCCACGCUGCUCAUGAUAAACGUUCGUUAUCAUGAUGUCAGCAGCAACUCCCAUGGCCCUGGCACUAUCAGCUACAUUUACUACGUUGCAUCGUCUCCUGAUUCCCGAUACUACACUGCUAAAUUUACUUACCAGCUGCGCGCUAACACUUGGUGUCUGAUGAUAUCUACUUUGGACUAGGGACUUUGUCACAUCAACAAAUCUAACUGACAGUGAUUGCGUCUACAGCCCUCGCACUCUCUUUGAAUCAAACAC